GGGCGUUGGGUCCAAAGACCGCAGCCACUUCGGGCGGUGGUCUCUGGCGCUGGAUCAUGCUACUACGAGCCGCUUGGAGGCGGGCGGCCUUGGCGGUGAAGGCGGCUCCGGGGCCGAGGCCCGUGGUCCCCUCUCGGGGGCUGCGCCUGCGCGUUGUGGACCAUGCUCCCCAGUCGGUGGUUCCCUCCGACAGGAUCGUGGCUCCUGAGGCGGGGUCAGUGCUACGUCCUCUCUACAUGGAUGUGCAAGCUACGACUCCGCUGGACCCUCGGGUACUUGAUGCCAUGCUCCCUUACCUGGUCAACUACUAUGGGAACCCACACUCCCGGACGCAUGCUUAUGGCUGGGAGAGUGAGGCAGCCAUGGAACAUGCUCGCCAGCAAGUAGCAUCUCUCAUUGGGGCUGAUCCUCGUGAGGUCAUUUUUACUAGUGGUGCGACCGAAUCUAACAACAUAGCAAUUAAGGGGGUGGCCAGGUUCUAUAGAUCACGGAAAAAGCACUUGAUCACCACCCAGACAGAACACAAAUGUGUCUUGGACUCUUGCCGUUCACUGGAAGCUGAGGGCUUUCAGGUUACUUACCUACCAGUACAGAAGAGUGGGAUCAUCGACCUGAAGGAACUCGAGGCUGCUAUCCAGGAAGACACUAGCCUGGUCUCAGUCAUGACUGUGAACAAUGAAAUUGGAGUGAAGCAGCCUAUUGCAGAAAUAGGGCGGAUUUGCAGUUCCAGAAAGGUGUAUUUCCAUACUGAUGCAGCCCAGGCUGUUGGAAAAAUCCCACUUGAUGUCAACGACAUGAAAAUUGAUCUCAUGAGUAUCAGUGGUCACAAAAUAUAUGGUCCGAAAGGUACCAGGCCUUCCUAGAGUUUCUCCUCUCUGUACCUUCCAGCAAGACCUUUUACAGAUGUCGAGGCUGCGGUGACUGGGAUGCCCAAGCUCAGGGGUUUGAGACCAGCCUGGACAAUACCCACACCCUUAGUGGUGGGGUUGGGGGCUGCGUGUGAGGUGGCACAGCAAGAGAUGGAGUAUGACCAUAAGCGGAUCUCAAAGUUAGCAGAGCGGCUGAUACAGAAAAUAAUGAAGAGCCUUCCAGAUGUGGUGAUGAAUGGGGACCCUAAGCACCACUACCCUGGCUGUAUCAAUCUCUCAUUUGCCUAUGUGGAAGGAGAAAGUCUGCUGAUGGCACUGAAGGAUGUCGCCUUAUCCUCGGGGAGUGCCUGCACCUCUGCGUCCUUGGAGCCCUCUUAUGUCCUUAGAGCAAUUGGCACUGAUGAGGAUUUAGCACAUUCUUCCAUCAGGUUUGGCGUCGGCCGCUUCACUACAGAGGAGGAAGUGGACUAUACAGUGGAGAAAUGCAUUCAGCAUGUGAAGCGUCUCCGAGAAAUGAGCCCUCUCUGGGAGAUGGUUCAGGAUGGCAUUGACCUCAAGAGCAUAAAGUGGACCCAACACUAGAAGAAUGGACCCCUGGCUCAUCAACCCACAUAUAGCCAUGCCCCUUUGUUAUGCCCAAUGGAUGCUCCAGAAUUGGUGUAAGCCAGUUGUUUUCAACAUCAACCCACUUCUAUGACAGAAACACAACUACCUUUCCCCAGCUUCAGUUCCUCUGGUGGGGAACACUCUCCAUUUCUCUCCAGGAGUUUUUCUGUCCUCUUACAAUGUGUGGACAUUUUCAUCCUGAAGCAAUAGAAACAUUUGUUAUGAUAUUGCUGCUGGACAUCUCCGUGUCCUUGGUGGGGAGAGCAAGAGGAACCAGAAGAAGGUUCUUUGUUCAGGGACCCUGGCUCUACAAAAGGAGGACAUUUGAGUAAUCGCUUUCUGCUACUCAACUGGAAUGGCUUCUUCAGCAAUUACAUAAUCAACUACAAUUGAAUGUUUUUUGUAUCUCCAAAGAUAUCUCUUCAUUGACUGUAGACUGAACAGCAAGUUUCUUGGAAGGCUUGUCUCCUUUCUACUCUUUUCUUUCCUUUCCUUUAUUUUUACCUAAUGCAGUUAUAAAUAUUUAUAUGACUCCACCCAUUAAUACCA